AUACAUGGACUACAACAAAAAAAGGGAAGGGACUAAUGUGAGAUUUAAGAAAUAAAAAAAGAGAGACACUCUGUCAAAGGAUAUACAGUAAGUUUUGUGCUGUGUCUACCAAAUCCCAAAACCAGAGUGGGACCCACCAUUCUAACAUUCUAACACAGCUGCUACCAAAUUGCAAAAUCUCUACCAACAGUAACUUGUGAUUUCGUUCAUCUUCGUGUUUUUUCUUUUUUUUUCUUUUUCUGUUUCUGAAACAACCAAACAAAGAAGAAGAAGAAGAAGAAGAAGAAGAAGAUGGGAAUAGCAAUGGGUGGUACUGAUUUAUUGAGUGAAAAAGCAGCUUUGAUGAGAGAGUCUCUUCAAAAAAGCCAAACGAUCACAGACAACGUUGUCACCAUUCUUGGUUCCUUUGACCACCGUCUCUCCGCCCUUGAAACCGCCAUGCGUCCAACUCAGAUUAGGACUCAUUCUAUUAGAAAAGCUCAUGAGAAUAUUGAUAAGACUUUGAAGGCUGCAGAGAUUAUAUUGUCUCACUUUGAUCAAUUUCGUCAGGCAGAGGCAAAAAUACUCAAAGGGCCGCAUGAAGACCUGGAAAACUAUCUUGAAGCAAUUGCUAAGUUGAGAAGCAACAUUCAGUUUUUUGGCAGUAAGAAUAGUUUUAAGAAUAGUGACGGUGUUGUCAGCCAUGCCAGUAGUUUGCUAAAUAAAGCUAUUUCGAAGCUACAGGACGAGUUUAAUCAGCUAUUAUUAUCUUACAGCAAACCUGUGGAACCCGAGCGUCUCUUUGACUGCCUUCCAAACUCGAUGCGACCUUCGUCACCUGGUCAUGAGGGUGAUCAUAAUGGCAAGUCCAAUCAUCAUUCUGAGUCUCACAACAAUAAUGCUGAUGCUGUUGUGUACACACCUCCCGCUCUUAUACCACCAAGAAUUUUGCCACUGCUACAUGAUUUAGCUCAGCAAAUGAUUGAAGCUGGUCACCGACCACAGUUACUCACAAUGUACAGGGAAGCCCGUUCUAAUGUAUUGGAAGAAAGUCUUCAAAAACUUGGUGUUGAGAAACUCAACAAAGACGAUGUUCAAAAGCUGCAGUGGGAGAUUUUGGAAGCCAAAAUCGGAAACUGGAUUCAUUUCAUGCGAAUAGCAGUGAAAUUGUUGUUUGCUGGUGAGAGGAAAGUUUGUGAUCAGAUAUUUGAAGGCUUUGAUUCACUUGCUGAACAGUGUUUUGCCGAGGUGACUACAAAUAGUGUGUCUAUGCUACUUAGCUUUGGAGAAGCAAUAGCCAAAAGCAAGAGAUCUCCAGAAAAAUUAUUUGUACUUUUGGACAUGUAUGAAAUAAUGCAAGAGCUGCAUUCAGAGAUUGAAACACUUUUUAAAGGCAAAGCUUGUGCGGCAAUCAGAGACGCUGCAAUGGCUUUGACAAAACGACUUGCACAAACUGCGCAGGAGACCUUUGGAGAUUUUGAAGAAGCAGUUGAGAAAGACGCUACAAAGACUGCAGUAACAGAUGGAACUGUUCAUCCUUUGACUAGCUAUGUUAUUAACUAUGUCAAGUUUUUGUUUGACUAUCGGUCCACCUUGAAGCAACUUUUCCAAGAAAUUGAAGGUGGAACUGAUUCUUCCCAGCUAGCUACUGUAACAAUGCGAAUAAUGCAAGCUUUACAAAUCAAUCUAGAUGGAAAAUCAAAGCAGUAUAAAGACCCCGCAUUGACACAUCUUUUUCUCAUGAACAAUAUUCAUUAUAUUGUCAGAUCGGUUCGGAGGUCUGAAGCCAAGGAUUUGCUUGGUGAUGAUUGGGUACAAAGACAUAGGAGGAUUGUGCAGCAGCAUGCAAAUCAAUACAAAAGAAAUGCUUGGGCAAAGAUUCUUCAGUGCUUAUCUAUUCAGGGACUUGCCUCAUCAGGUGGUGGGAGUAGUAAUGCAGGCGGUGAUGGCGGAGCUGGAAGUAGUAGUGGUGCUUCAAGAGCCCUUGUUAAAGAAAGGUUUAAGACAUUCAAUGUUAUGUUUGAGGAACUCCAUCAGAAACAAUCACAAUGGACAGUUCCAGACAGCGAAUUGCGAGAGUCUCUUAGGCUUGCAGUUGCUGAAGUCUUGUUGCCUGCCUACAGAUCAUUCGUGAAACGUUUUGGGCCUCUAGUGGAGAGUGGAAAGAAUCCUCAGAAGUACAUAAAAUACAUCGCAGAAGAUCUAGAUCGAAUGUUGGGCGAAUUUUUUGAAGGAAAAAACAUGAAUGAAACCAAGCGGUAAUGAGUCGUAUUAUUAUUUCUCUUGGACAUUGAUUUAAUAAGAGGGGUGAGUGUUUUUGCUUCCUUAGAUUAUUUGUAUAGUUCAUUUGAUUGUAUACUGGUGAUGAUAAUUUUAUGAAAUUUUACUUAGUUUUGUGAGCCAAUGUAAAUGUAACAAAAUUUCAAUCCGGAGUUUAUUUCCAUUCAAAAUUUUUGCAGAGUGGGGUUUUAA